GGAAUUUGGGCAUUGUAGGUUUGGGGCGGAGGGACGGACCCCUGGGUUGUCUGUGUGCAGCGGGGGCACAGGAGUGGCCGAGGAAGUUGUCAGGAGUUCAGGCGGAUUGGGAGCAUGGGGAAUCUCUGGACGUGCCUCUGAGCAUGAGCAGAGCGCCGCCUCCCCUGAGCCGAAGGAGAAGGAUGGGAGGGCAAAGGGUUUCAGAGCAGGUCCCCGUCUGAUGUCCAGAGGCCCUUGGGGAGACCCCUGGGGCGCUGGUGCCGGAGCCCAGGCUGGCAAGGUCCGGCUGGCGGGGGCCAUGACCAACACCCUGGACAUCUUUGUGGGAAAUACCACUUUGAUUGACGAGGACGUCUACCAGCUCUGGCUGGACGGGUACUCAGUGAACGAUGCGGUGGCGCUGCGUCUGCGUGGCGGGAUCUUGGAGCAGGCGGGGGCCACGGUGGAAGUGCUCCAGAGCGACACCAUGGACCACUACCGCACGUUCUACAUGCUGGAGCGGCUUUUGCACUCGCCUCCCAAACUGCUCAACCAGCUGCUCUUCCAGAUCCCUCCUUAUCGCCAGACCAUGCUGAUUGAGAGGUACUACGCUUUCGACGAGGCCUUUGUCCGCGAGGUGUUGGGCAAAAAGCUCUCCAAAGGGACCAAGAAAGAUCUGGACGACAUCAGCGUCAAAACCGGGGUGACUCUCAAGAGCUGCCGUCGGCAGUUUGACAAUUUCAAGCGGGUCUUCAAGGCUGUGGAAGAGCUCCGUGGGUCCCUGGUGGAAAACAUUCAGCAGCAUUUCCUGCUGUCGGACCGGCUAGCCGGGGACUACGCUGCUAUCGUCUUCUUUGCCAACAGCCGCUUUGAGACUGGGAAAAAGAAGCUACAGUACCUGACAUUUGAAGAUUUUGCAUACUGUGCCGAGCAAAUGAUCCAGAACUGGACCCUGGGGGCAAUGGAUACCAACGUGGACGAUAUGGAUGUCGACCUGGACAAGGAAUUCUUGCAGGGCCUGAAGGAGUUAAAAAUUCUGAUUGCGGACAAAGACCUGUUGGACCUGCAUAAGAGUCUGGUCUGCACAUCUUUGCGGGGGAAGAUUUCCGUGUACAGUGAAAUGGAAGCCAAUUUCAAGACCCUCUCCCGGGCCCUGAUCAACAUUGCCUCGAAGCUCACCCACAGCAAAGAUGUCCGGGACUUCUUUGUCGACCUAGUGGAGAAGUUUGUGGAGCCCUUUCGGUCUGACAAAUGGAGCGCAAACGACGUGCGCCUCUUCCUGACGCAGUACACGGCUUGCGCUCACACCCUGGACGCUUUCAGGCACCAAGUGCUGUGGGAGCGAUACAUGGGCACUCUCAAAGCUUGCCUUCUGAAGAUGUAUCACGACUGAGCCCUGUGGAUGGUUCUCCUUUGUAAAAAAAAUCCUUCUGAGAGCCAAAUCGGGCCCAAGCCCGUCUGUAAUGGGUCUCUCGCUGGCUUCUGCCGCCCCCCCGCCCCCUUUCCUCGCCCUUUCUUUCCGUAUCUUCAGAGGCGAAGGUUAGAAACGGCGUGUUUUUCAGAAAUAAAAGGACCACUGAAAGAUG